UGGGAAUUGGGGUUUGGGGGGGUUGAAGCCGAGGGGUCUUUCUCUGCAUGGGCUUGGCAUCUUGGGAUUUGGCCCAUUUAUAGUGUUUGGCUUCGGCCAUGUAGGUGUGUGAAGGGUUCUUUCGUUCAUGUGUCACUCCACUGCUUGAUGGUCGAGGUCUUGUUCGUUGGUUAUAUAAUUUUGCUUUCUGCUUGUAUUUCGAGGCGAGGGGCCAAAGCCGACCGAUUUCAUUCACGACGCAUUGUGAGGCUAUGUACCGACUUUCGAUUACAGCUUGUGCUUUGCUAGCGGGGUUGGUAUCUGCAGGCUUCAAUGGCACGGGUGAGCCUCUGUCUGUGCUAUCAACGUCAAUGCGGUUUACGACUGGCUUCCAGCAACGCGUGGAAUGGGGCGAAUGCGUUGAGCUCAAAGGCUUGAUAUGCAAGACCCUCGGAUCCAUAGAUAUCCCAUGUCCCCUUGAACCUGGACUGGAUAAUAUUUGCACGAUCUACGAGGAUACACAGUGCCAAGAUGAGAUCAUCUCAUUCGAUCGACCCCAUUAUAAUCUAUUUACCUUUGGGGACAAGCCACGAGAAAAAGCCAUCGGUCGACGGGCCGCGAGUGUCAAGUGUCGAAUGCAGGUCACCAACAGAGAAGGACAUAAGUGGAGGAGUACCUCUGCUUCAUCAAAAUUCGGGAAAAGCUGUCCUGGCGAUCCUUGCAGUGAUGAUAAAGAUUGUGAGAUGUCACCACGAAUGUUGCAGAAUUAUCAGUGCGCUCCGACUUCGAGGACGUGUAAGCAGCGUCGGCUACUUAAUUCACAGGUGCCGAGGGAUGCGGAGAAGAAGACCUAAGAUUGACGUUGAUACCCAGUUUGUA